GCCCCUCCCGGACUGACAGCGGGGCCGCAGCGCGCUUGCGCAGUGCUCUCUUCCCCCGCAGUCUCUGUGCGUUGAAGCCGGAGACCGCGGCGGCCUCUGCUAGGACCCUCCGCCCGGGAGCCGCCGGCCGGAGCCGCAGCCUCGCCGCCUGGGGAAUGGCCGUCAAUGUGUACUCCACAUCUGUGACCAGUGAAAAUCUGAGUCGCCAUGAUAUGCUUGCAUGGGUCAAUGACUCCCUGCACCUCAACUACACCAAGAUAGAACAGCUCUGUUCAGGGGCAGCCUACUGCCAGUUCAUGGACAUGCUCUUCCCUGGCUGUGUGCACUUGAGGAAGGUCAAGUUCCAGGCCAAACUAGAACACGAAUAUAUCCACAACUUCAAGGUGCUGCAAGCGGCUUUCAAGAAGAUGGGUGUUGACAAAAUCAUUCCUGUAGAGAAAUUAGUGAAAGGAAAAUUCCAAGAUAAUUUUGAGUUUAUUCAGUGGUUUAAGAAAUUCUUUGACGCAAACUAUGAUGGAAAGGAUUACAACCCUCUGCUGGCGCGGCAGGGCCAGGACGUAGCACCGCCUCCUAACCCAGGUGAUCAGAUCUUCAACAAAUCCAAGAAACUCAUUGGCACAGCAGUUCCACAGAGGACGUCCCCCACAGGCCCCAAGAACAUGCAGACCUCUGGCCGACUGAGCAACGUGGCCCCACCCUGCAUCCUCCGGAAGAAUCCCCCAUCAGCCCGAAAUGGUGGCCACGAGACCGAUGCCCAGAUUCUUGAACUCAACCAACAGCUCCUAGACUUGAAGCUGACCGUGGAUGGGCUGGAAAAGGAGCGUGACUUCUACUUCAGCAAACUGCGCGACAUUGAGCUCAUCUGCCAGGAGCACGAAAGCGAAAACAGCCCUGUUAUCUCGGGCAUCAUCGGCAUCCUUUAUGCCACUGAGGAAGGGUUUGCACCCCCUGAGGACGAUGAGAUUGAAGAACACCAACAAGAAGACCAGGACGAGUACUGAGGGCGGCGCCAGCCCUGGCUGACUGUGCGGCUUCCUUCCGUGCCCCCCUCCCUGCGCCCGCCCCACAUUACAGUCCUUUCCUUCAGCCAGUCGGCCGGCCGGGUGCUUUGUGUCAGUGCCGCAGCAUUGGGGAGCCGUGUGAGGGGCUCGGGAGGAUGGGGCAGGGGAGCAGGCAGAGGCUCUAUCCCAGCCUCCCCCCCAAAAGUGGCACUUGCCCAGGGGGCAGAACCCCUGCCCACUCCCCACCCCUAUUUAUUUCCGUUGUCUCUAUGCUGUGUCAGCCAACACUUCCCAGGGUGCUGCUGCCACCCGCCGAGCCAGCCACCUGCUCCCCGAGAGCCAGCAGCUGUAUAUUUGACAAAGUCAUUGGUAUAUUUUUACUUACUGGAUUGUCCUUGCACUUUACCUGUUCUUUUUCCAGGGCUGACAGCGAGCUCGGGGCAGCAGGCCUGGCUUGGCUCCCCUUCCCCAUGCCAAGGCUGGGGCAGGACUCACCAAUUCUUAUUUAUUUUGUCUCUUGACCUCCCAGUAGUUGAGGGGAAGGCUGAUGUCAGGAGAGGAAGGGGGCCGAGGUGGCAGUGCUGGGGGCCCAGGGAUCAGGGAGAGGGAGGGGAGCAUGUGAGGGACAGAAGUGACCUCCUGGCACUGGGCUUACCCGCCCAAGACCCCUGCCCAGCACCGAAGGCCAGCACUGCCCCAAGGCCCUAGCCAUCCCCUCCUGCAGCCUGGUCCACACCACACAGAAUCUGCCUGCCCCCCCCUGUCUGCCCCCCCACCCUGCCCCUCAGCACCAGCCUGCAUAUGUGUUCACUUUUAUUUAAAUAAACUUGUGUGGUAAAAGUUC